ACUGUCGUGAUGAUCAUAAUCUACAAUGUCCGAGGAGCUUAAGUACGCGCCAGCUCUCGAGAAACUUGGAUUAGAACCAUUUGAAUUUAAAGAUCUUCUCACGAGCAAGAUGAAAAAACUCUUUAAAAAGCCAGAAGACUUGCCAAACACAAGCAUAGAACAGGCAACAAAAUGUUUUUGUAUAAGAGCAAACAUAAUAAAUCCAGAGAAGAUAGAUAAACGAAGAAGCAUCGCCAACCGAUUUCGCUUAUGUAUACCAUUCAAGAGAUUUCGACUACCACAUUCAGAGGAAUCUCCAAGAUAUCGCCAAGAGAAACGCAGUAGGAGACAAGGGGGUACUAACCCCAGUAAGUCAGAUCACAACGAAUAUCACCUACAGCAAGCUGAACUUUUCCAGGAAUUGCAAGAGCAGGAAAAACUACACAGUUUGUGGGACGAUAAUGGCUACUUAUUAGAGGAUGGUAAUGAUGAGAGAUGUUCUAUUGUAAGUAUGUGCAACAAACUUGAUAGUAUUACACGGGAAUAUAUUGAAGAAUACCUUGAGGAACUAAAUAAUCAUGGAAAAAGAAGGAGACAAGAUAGAAAAGUGGCAAACAGAAACAGUGAAUUCCUUGAGAAAUUAUUCUUACCCUGUAUUACAAUAAUAAUUGGAAGAAUGUCUGUGGAUUGGGCAACAGCUAACGACAUAAUGAGUAAGGAUGGAUAUAAACAGUGGAAAGAACAUGUAUGGGCAUUGAUGACAUUUGCUGCAUUAUCAGUUGUUAUCGAUGCCCUGUCUAUUUGCCCUUUCUAUUUUAUUCUAACAUAGUUAAUAUAUGAUUCUAAGUAAUGUUUCAAAUACUCGUCACUGUAUUCUAUUGGGGUUUCAAAAUCCUCGUGGCAUUUCAAAUGCCUUGACUACUCCUCAGCAUUUAAAAUUCCACAAGGAUUUUGAAAUCCCAAUAGAAUGCCAAGGCUGCUGAAAUGCCACGAGGAUUUUGAAACCCAGAUAGAAUACAGUGACGAGUAUUUGACACAACAUCUUAUACUCUUUUUGUUAUGUUUGUUUUUAUUUCAAAGUUCUAGUACUUUGAAAUAUUUCAAAGUCUGAGUAGUAGGACUUUGAAAUAUUUCAAUGACUAGAACUUUGAAAUGGGUGGGGUUGUAUUUGAUGGGGGUUUCAAACUACUGCACACUGGUUGGUCGAUGAGCUCAUAAACCAUUAAUGAGUAUGAGAUAUAUGGAUCAAAUAGCCUCUUUAAAUUUAUAGCCGGCCAGCCGACCAGCUAGCUAAAAUGUGGUUUUUGUAUACAGCAUGAAACAGACAGGAUUGCUAAAAAUUGUAAAUGUCUGUUUUAGAAUCAAUGCAUUCUAAAGGUACAUUAAGAAAAAAUCCAUAACUACUAAAAAAUCUUAUGAAUUGGAGAUUGUUUGUCGGACAUUCUGUUCCGCAUUGGGAUAAACUACCCAUUGUUUGGGUGGACACUCAAGCAUACUGGGGAUCAGUCCAUUCACUGUCCACCUCAGUCUCUAAAUAUGACUGGACCCUGACAUAUAAAUAUAAUAUCAUAUUUAUAUAAUAGUUC